CGUACACCUGGACGCGUCGAUGUGUCUGACGUUCGCGAUGUUGCGAAGCAAAUGCGCGCGCUAGGCGCAGUACGAGCCAGUCCGCGAACAUCGGGCCAGUCAGUCAGUGGCAGGAAAAAAUGGCGGAUGUCGACUUGAAUAUCGACAACUUGAUACAGAGAUUAUUGGAAGUAUACCACACGCAGAAAGACCAGGUUCAGAAGAAAGCCAAGCUAAAAGAUAUUUUCUCGUCGGACUUCGUCGUCAGAGGAUGUCGACCAGGCAAGACGGUCAUCAUGACGGAGGCCGAGGUGCGCGGCCUCUGUCUCAAGUCCCGGGAGAUUUUCCUGCAGCAGCCGAUCCUGCUGGAGCUGGAAGCACCACUUAAGAUCUGCGGCGACAUACAUGGCCAGUACACCGAUCUUUUGCGGCUGUUCGAGUACGGCGGAUUUCCGCCCGAGGCCAACUACUUGUUUCUGGGCGACUACGUUGACCGGGGGAAGCAAUCCCUGGAGACGAUAUGUCUGCUGCUGGCGUACAAGAUCAAAUACCCAGAAAACUUCUUCCUGCUGCGCGGCAAUCACGAGUGCGCGAGCAUAAACAGGAUAUACGGCUUUUACGACGAAUGCAAGCGGCGAUAUAACAUCAAGCUCUGGAAGACCUUCACGGAUUGCUUCAAUUGCUUGCCGAUCGCUGCGAUCAUCGACGAGAAAAUUUUCUGCUGCCAUGGCGGGCUCAGUCCUGAUCUACAGGGAAUGGAACAAAUCAGAAGAAUUAUGCGUCCGACUGAUGUACCUGAUACCGGUCUCCUCUGUGAUCUCUUGUGGUCCGAUCCCGAUAAAGAUGUUCAGGGUUGGGGUGAAAAUGAUAGAGGUGUCUCGUUCACAUUUGGUCCAGAUGUUGUGUCAAAGUUCCUGAAUCGUCACGACAUGGAUCUCAUAUGCAGAGCGCAUCAGGUGGUUGAAGACGGUUACGAAUUCUUCGCCAAGCGACAACUCGUCACGUUAUUCUCCGCACCGAAUUAUUGUGGCGAAUUCGAUAAUGCCGGCGGAAUGAUGAGCGUCGAUGAAACCUUGAUGUGCAGUUUUCAAAUUUUGAAACCGUCGGAAAAGAAAGCAAAAUACCAAUAUGGAGGAAUGAACACAGGUCAAACAGGUAGACCAUCUACACCACAAAGGAAUCCAGCGAAAAAGAAAUGACAGCCUUCUACUGAUUCUGCACAGCAACAAACGCGAUUAUCCUUAAUGGAGGCUAUCAUGCUAGGUAAAUCUGCUUUAUGCUUGUCAAAGCUUACUUAAUCACUCUAGCCGACCACUUAUGUGCAUUAGUAUGAAUCUAUUUCCCACGAUUAUCGGGUUAACAGAAAAAAAGAGAAAAAAGAUAGAAAAAAAGAGAGAAAGAGAGAGCGGAAGGAAGUGAAAUAUAGGACGUU